UUCCUGUUCGCGGACAUGCUGCAGUUCCGUUGUCCCGAGGUGGCCCACCUACCGAGGGGCGCCAUGCAUUCGGCCGUCAGCAACAGUUAAGCACAAGCACACUAUCAAGUGUGGAAGAUAUAUUGAAGGAUGCCGUGUCUCGCCCGAAAGCUUUUCACUGGAGCCAAGAGCAAACCACGAGCAAUGCCCCUAUACCAUUCGAUGGAGUUCCUUUCAUUCGUGUUGUGGUUUCCGCGUUUAGGAAUGCCAGUUCGGGAAGGAGAGGUACACGAAUAAAAGUUUGCCAGGCAUCUUGCAUGGUACGUUGCGUAUUGCGGUUACCGGAGUUUUCGAUGGAUGCAACCAGUCUAUCGCCGAAUGCGUUCAAAAAGGCAAAGGCUGACCAGCUCGAGAAGUUUAGGAAGUCAGUUGCGACUGCUCUUGAAGCUGAGAAGCUGUGUGAGCUCAGUCUGUGCGAACGGUUCAUCGUUAGCUAUCCCACAGCUGAGUGCCCUACUGGUCAUGACGUAACUACAGAAACAGGAAAACUUGCCGGUGAGCUGAGCCCCGCAGUAAUCGGGCGUAUCUUUACAAUGGUUGAAAAUGGUCUUCGAGAUGCGCGAGCUAUGCACACUAUAUUCAAAGUGGAAUUCAAAAACGAAACUGGCCGUGCACAUCAUCCGGAAUUAAAGGACAUCCGGUCCCACAGCGCUCUGGCAGCGCACACGUUGCGCCAGUUCAGAGAAAGUCGUCUAAAAGUUGCACUUUUUAAUUUUUCAAAUUUGCCAGAUUUUACAGUUUUCUCAAGAUAUCGCGAGACGAAUACUGAAUUGCGUCACCUUCGUCGUCCUUUGGUUUACGUCUCCCGUGAGUUCUUCGUCCCAGAUCAUUGUCGGAAUCCAACUUAAUAGUUGUUCUCUGCCCUAAGUUUUGUCCGUGGCGAUAACAAAUAACGAGAAGUUGAGUUCUCGCUCGUCGCUUGCAUUUUCUUUAUGUUGCUGAUAUUUUUAUUUUUAUUUUUUAUGGUUGAACAUGCUAUAAUUGUGCCGUUGAUUUAUACAAGGGUUUCGCUAUUUCCUGCUUAUUUAAUCAGAAAGAGAUAUUAGCCAACAGUGCA